ACUGACUUUAGUGGACUUUGCUACCCGAUGGCCAGAAGCAGUAGCUCUAGGCAACACCAGGGCUAACACUGUGUGCCUGGCCUUAACAGACAUCUUUGCCAGGGUAGGUUGGCCCUCCGACAUCCUUACAGAUGCAGGGUCUAAUUUCCUGGCAGGGACCAUGGAAAAACUGUGGGAAACUCAUGGGGUGAAUCACUUGGUUGCCACCCCGUACCACCAUCAAACCAAUGGCCUGGUGGAAAGGUUCAAUGGAACUUUGGGGGCCAUGAUACGAAAAUUCAUCAACGAAUUCUCCAAUAAUUGGGACCUAGUGUUGCAGCAGUUGCUGUUUGCCUACAGGGCUGUACCACAUCCCAGUUUAGGGUUUUCACCAUUUGAACUUGUGUAUGGUCACGAGGUUAAGGGGCCAUUACAGUUGGUGAAGCAGCAAUGGGAGGGGUUUACGCCUUCUCCAGGAACUAACAUUCUGGACUUUGUAAGCAACCUACAAAGCACCCUCCGACACUCUUUAGCCCUUGCUAGAGAGAACCUAAAGGAUGCUCAAGAAGAGCAAAAGGCCUGGUAUGACAGACAUGCCAGAGAACGUUCCUUCACGGUAGGAGACCAGGUUAUGGUCUUGAAGGCGCAACAGGCCCAUAAGAUGGAAGCAUCAUGGGAAGGGCCAUUCACGGUCCAAGAGCGCCUGGGAGCUGUAAACUACUUCAUAGCAUUUCCCAAUUCCUCACUAAAGCCUAAAGUGUACCAUGUUAAUUCUCUCAAGCCUUUCUAUUCCAGAGACUUACAGGUUUGUCAGUUUACAGUCCAGGGAGAUGAUGCUGAGUGGCCUGACGGUGUCUACUACGACGGGAAAAAAGACGGUGGCGUGGAAGAGGUGAACCUCUCAACCACCCUGGAACGUCUGCAGCGGCGACAAAUCAAGGAGCUGUGCACUAGCUUUGCCCCAUUGUUCUCAGCCACCCCAGGACGGACUGAACGGGCAUACCACUCCAUUGAUACAGACUCCUGGCCCGAACACCUACUACACCUGGAAAAGGUCUUUGAGCGCAUCAGGCAGGCAGGACUAACUGUUAAGGCCAAAAAGUGUCAAAUAGGCCAAAACAGAGUGACUUACCUGGGGCACCAGGUGGGUCGAGGAACCAUAAACCCCCUACAGGCCAAGGUGGAUGCUAUCCAAAAGUGGCCUGUCCCACAGCCCAAGAAGCAGGUCCAAUCCUUCUUAGGCUUGGCCGGAUACUACAGGCGAUUUGUACCACACUACAGCCAAAUCGCUGCCCCAUUGACUGACCUGACCAAAAAGACCCAGCCAAAUGCCGUUAAGUGGACUGAUGAGUGUCAAAAGGCCUUUACCCAGCUUAAGGCGAUGCUCAUGUCUGACCCUGUGCUCAGGGCCCCGGACUUUGACAAGCCAUUCCUAGUAACCACAGAUGCAUCUGAGCGUGGUAUAGGAGCAGUGCUCAUGCAGGAAGCAACAGAUCACAACUUCCAUCCUGUCGUGUUUCUCAGCAAGAAACUGUCUGAGAGGGAAAGUCACUGGUCAGUCAGUGAAAAGGAAUGCUAUGCCAUUGUGUACGCCCUGGAAAAGCUACGCCCAUAUGUUUGGGGACGGCGGUUCCAACUACAAACUGACCAUGCUGCACUAAAGUGGCUUCAUACUGCCAAGGGGAACAACAAGAAACUUCUUCGUUGGAGUUUAGCUCUCCAAGAUUUUGAUUUUGAAAUUCAGCACAUCACAGGAGCUUCUAACAAAGUAGCUGAUGCACUCUCCCGUGAGAGUUUCCCAGAAUUCAGUAGUUAAAAAGUGUUCUUAAAAUGUAGAAGUCUGUUAGUUAUAUACUUAGGGGUAUAUGUAAAGGUGCAUGUGUUGUAUUAAUCUGUUUAUUUUAAAGUUCUAGAAGGAAAUCGCUGCCAGUGAGCUUCCCCACUGUCUGCAAUUUGGGGGGCGUGUCAUAAACAGAUAGCUAAGGGUUAAUGUCUCUUUCACCUGAAGCACCUGACCAGAGGACCAAUCAGGAAACCGGAUUUUUUCAACUCUGGGUGGAGGGAAGUUUGUGUCUGAAGUCUUUGUUUUCUGUCUGCCUGCUUUCUCUGAGCUUUGGAGAAGUAGUUUCUGUUUUCUAGUCUUCUGUUUCUAAGUGUAUGGACAAAGAGAUCAGAUAGUAAGUUAUAUGGUUUCUUUUCUUUGGUAUUUGCAUGAAUAUAAGUGCUGGAGUGCUUUGAUUUGUAUUCUUUUUGAAUAAGGCUGUUUAUUCAAUAUUCUUUUAAGCAAUCGACCCUGUAUUUUAUCACCUUAAUACAGAGAGACCAUUUGUAUGU